UCAGCUGCCCGCGGGGAGGACGAUUCCGGGCGGGUGUGGCGACUGCCCGCUGUGGGCGGAGCGAAAGGCGCCCGGGCCCGGACACAGGGCAGGAAGUGAGGAGGCGGGGCUUCUGCGAUGGGGUGUGCGCUUGCGCAAAAGUCCGGCCGGAGGUGUGGUCUACGUUUUCGCCACUGCUAGGAUAAGGAGAAGAAAGAUGAAUUUCAUCUAUGGACUGCAGUCUGCUACUAGAAACUGUGUUUUCUUCCGAUUUCAUGUGUUGGCCAGCUGGAGAAAAUGUAACACACUAGCUGUCACCUCACCAGACUGUCAUCAAGUACAAAUUAAUCAUAUAGUUAAUAAGUAUCAGGGUCCGGGAGUAAAUCAGUGUGAUAGGUUGACUUUUCUUCCUGAAAAUUUUUAUUUCUGUAAGACUUUUAGUAAAAAAAGACCAGGAUGCCUCUUGAGCACGAGAUAUAAGGAAAUUGGGAUGGUUACCCCAAAAUGUUCUGUGUGGAAUGACUCUUUUUCAAGACAGCUACUGAUAAAAGAAGUUACAGGAGUUCCUGCCCUUUCACUAUUGCAUCCUCUAAACUGUCUUCAUGAAAGAGACAUCAGGAGUUUCCACACUUCUCCUCGGUUUCAAGCUGCUCCGGUUCCUCUUUUGUUGAUAAUUCUUAAACCAGUGCAGAAACUAUUUGCAAUCAUUGUAGGCAGGGGCAUAAGGAAAUGGUGGCAGGCACUUCCUCCUAACAAGAAGGAACUAUUUAAAGAAAGUUUAAGAAAGAAUAAAUGGAAGUUACUCCUUUGUUUCAGUAGUUUUGGAUUGCUCUUUGUAGUAUUUUAUUUUACUCACCUGGAAGUGAGUCCUGUCACAGGAAGGAGCAAGCUACUAUUAUUGGGGAAAGAACAUUUCAGACUUUUAUCAGAACUGGAAUAUGAAGCAUGGAUGGAGGAAUUUAAAAAUGAUAUGCUCACUGAGAAGGAUGGCCGAUACCUAAUGGUUAAAGAGGUGGUUAAUCAUUUGAUUGAAUGCAAUAAAGAUAUCCCAGGGAUCUCUGAGAUCAAUUGGAUUAUUCAUGUGGUUGAUUCUCCAGAUGUAAAUGCCUUCGUGCUUCCAAAUGGACAAGUGUUUAUCUUCACUGGGCUUUUAAAUAGUGUAACUGAUAGCCAUCAACUUUCCUUCCUUCUGGGCCAUGAAAUAGCACACGCAGUACUUGGGCAUGCUGCAGAAAAGGCUAGCUUGGUUCAUUUAUUGGAUUUCCUAGGUCUGAUUUUUCUCACAAUGAUUUGGGCCAUUUGCCCUCGAGAUAGUUUGGCACUUUUGGGCCAGUGGAUACAGUCUAAACUGCAGGAGUAUAUGUUUGAUAGACCGUACAGUAGAACAUUGGAGGCUGAAGCUGACAAAAUUGGAUUACAGCUUGCUGCAAAGGCUUGUGUGGAUGUCAGAGCCAGUUCAGUGUUUUGGCAGCAGAUGGAAUUUGCAGAUAGCCUACAAGGCCAUCCCAAGUUGCCAGAAUGGUUAUCCACACACCCUUCUCAUGGAAAUCGAGCUGAGCACUUGGAUAGACUCAUACCUCAGGCUCUUAAAAUUAGAGAGAUCUGUAAUUGCCCACCACUUUCUGGACCAGACCCUCGAUUACUAUUCAAACUCAGCAUGAAGCAUUUCCUGGAAGAAUCGGAGAAAGAAGACCUAAAAAUCACUGCUGAGAAACAGAAAAUGGAAACUCUCACCAUUCAACAACAGAAGCAAAUACCCUUAACAUAUAUAGUUGAGAAAAGAACUGGCAGUUGAAUUAAAAUUUAUGAGACAUGGGAUAUAUGAAGAAUGUAGCAUUCGUUACCAUUUUUUAUGUUAUUUUUUUAAAAAUGAUGUUUGAAAUAAAAAAAAUGUAUAUUCAGGGUCAAAUCAUGUAUAUUACAAGUAUUAUCUAAAUUCUUCUAGGUAUUUUCAUGAAAUAUUGAUGUAUUUUAAUCUAUUUUAAAGUAUCUUCAAUGAGGAAAAUGUCACAGAAUAAAUUUAUAUUACACAUUUUA